AGCGCAUGCGCAGAGUCCACUCUCCGUUCUCGCUCCAACGACCCGGCUUAGAUCCGGUACUGCCUUGAAGGCGGGGCCGGGUCUCAGCCGCGGCCAAUGGCGCCCCGGGUGAGGGUUGAGGGUUGGAAGGUUUCUGCUAGCCGGUUCAGGUUUCCUCUAGCGCGUGGCUUGGGAAGCUACCUGGUCGUCAUGGAGGCAGUUUUGGUGGAGGAGCUUGAUGAGGAGCAGCAGCUGGUGAGAAGGCAUCGCAAGGAGAAGAAGGAGUUGCAAGCCAAAAUUCAGGGUAUGAAGAAUGCUGUUCCCAAAAAUGACAAAAAGAGGAGGAAGCAACUCACUGAAGAUAUUUCGAAGUUGGAAGCAGAAAUGGAACAAAAACAUAGAGAGGAACUGGAGCAAUUGAAGCUGACUUCUAAAGAGAGUAAAAUAGAUUCUGUUGCUGAUAACAUUUCAAACUUGGUUCUUGAGAAUCAGCCACCUCGGAUAUCAAAAGCACGAAAGAGAAGGGACAAAAAAGCUGCAUUGGAGAAGGAACGGGAAGAAAGGAUAGCUGAAGCUGAAAUUGAAAACUUAACUGGAGCUCGACAUGUAGAGAGUGAAAAACUUGCUCAAAUAUUGGCAGCCAGACAGUUGGAGAUUAAACAGAUUCCAUCUGAUGGUCACUGUAUGUAUAGAGCCAUUGAAGAUCAGCUGAAAGGACAGGAAUGCCCUCUAACUGUGGCUGCCUUACGAAGUCAGACUGCUGGAUAUAUGCAAAGCCAUGUGGAAGACUUCCUGCCAUUUUUAACAAACCCUAAUACAGGAGAUAUGUAUACUCCAGAAGAGUUUGGAAAGUACUGUGAUGAUAUUGUAAACACAACUGCAUGGGGAGGUCAACUUGAGCUGAGAGCGCUGUCUCACAUUUUGCAAACACCAAUAGAGAUAAUUCAGGCAGAUUCACCUCCUAUUGUAGUUGGCGAAGAAUAUCCAAAAAACCCAUUAAUACUUGUAUAUAUGAGACAUGCAUAUGGCUUAGGAGAACACUACAAUUCUGUUACACAGUUGGUGAACACAACUACUGAAAAUUGCAGCUAGUUUACAAAAUGUUGCACAAUUAUGUUUUAGUACAGUGUGCUGAUCUGAGUAUUUAUACCAAGUGCUGAAUUGUUUUAAAAAUUACUGAAAAACACAACUACCUUAAAUUAGUGUUAUGGCAAAGCUACUUACAGGUUUUUGAAAAAUGUGUCAGAGAGAAACUUUAACCAGCGUCCCCUUAGUAGUAGUUUAAAAACUCGUAAGCCCAUUGUGGAGAACAACAUCGUUUAUAGAACAAGAUGGUACCCUGUUUGCUGAUAUUCUUAUUAGUAUAGGAUCCUGUACAUUCUGUUUUCCGUUGAAGUAAAUUUUAAAUGGUUUUUUCCUCCCAUUACUAAAAGCUUUCAAACCAUUUCAGUGUACUUUUUCUUGAAGAAAUGAAAUGACUCAGUCUCUUUGUCAUUACAGUAAUGUGGUGAUGGUGAUAGCAGAUUUAGUUAAUGCUUAUAAAUGAACUUGAUUACAGUAACCUUGGUAUUGAUGGGAUUAAUCCCAUGAAGCUUAUUAUAUAACCCUAUCAAAGUACAGCUGAGAAGCUUGCUUUAAUAAUUAAGAAUUUUUAAAUACUUAUUCAGAUGGGAAUCUGUUGCUAAGUUUUAAGAAAUGAGACAAAUUCAAAGGUAAAUUGGUGUUCCCUGUCAGAUUUAAACCUCGAAAGAAUUAAAGAUUAACCUUUUAGUUGUGUAUAACUUAAAAAGACCCAACAUUACUGUCUUUCUAAUUCAUUUGUUAUUUCUUGCUGUUUCUUAAAAUUCGCAGUGGAAUUAAGACCAUCAUUUCUGGGUUAUCUUCAUAACUACAAGUUUUUCUGUUCUUUGUUGUGUUUUCUCUAUCACCCCUCAGCUGCUUUGCUUUCCUUGCAGCCUUUUCCACUAAGAAACAGUUUGUGGCGUCUCUUAUUCUUUAACUUGUACAAAUUGAAGGCGUAGUGAUGUAAAAGGGCCCAAGGCCAAAUUUACUUCCAUUUCUUCCUCUUUUCCAAUUUGUCUUACAAGAUCUUUCUUUUUGCUUCAUUCUCUAGGGUUAGGAGAAAGCCUUUGUUACUUGUUAUUUUCUCAGCCUUAUUAAUGUCACGUUUCCUUUAACUCAGAUAUUUGGGAAUUUUUAUGUUGCAUGUAUUGAUAAAGUUGAAAACCACUGUUUGGGAGCCAAGACUGUAUAGUAAAAUCAGUACAGAAUACUUUUGGUGUGAAUGAUUUAUCUAGCUCAAAUUUUAGGUUACUCCUAACAAUAUUCUAGGAAUGACAAUUAGGAGUAACAGUAUUCUAAGAAGAUAGUAUCCAUGUAUACAAAUGUGUCUGAUAAUUUGUUCUGUAAGGAAGUAUUAUGAAAAUGAGACCUUUUUGGUUUGAUCUGUUCCCAAAUUAGAAAUAACUAGUAAGAUUUAGCAUCAAAUUUAUAAUAUUUUAGUUUUUGCUCCAUGAAUGCAGCUAAAUUUUGUAAGUAAAUGUUGGGUUUAUAAUAUUAAAAAUGGAGUGUCAGUUUUACAUGCCCAGCAAGUGACAAUGUGGGAAAGUGGUAGGGACUGUAGUCAACUAGAGCAAGUAAGUACUGCAUGAAGGUAUUCCAGUUCAAAAGAUUGAAAACCAUUCUGCCUGCCAAACAAAAUAUAUUCUGAAGGUUCCCUGUUUUGUAAUCCUUGAUCUGAAUUUUUUCAGGGUCUGAAAUUUAUAAAAGAAUGAAGUUAUAAAAUACUAAACAGCUUGGCUUUAUUUUGAAGUAAUAUUACUUUAAAAUUAAAGGAUAAGCAUUUAGAAGUAAUAAAACAGUAUCAUGAAAACUAGUUAUUAUAAAUUCAAUCCAUAUUUAAAAUAUUCUAAAAUAACUUAUUGGUAUUUUUUCUACCAGACGAGUGGAAUUUUCUUGAUUAUAGUUUUAUUUUUUAUUUUUAAAUGGCCAAUAUGGUUAUGAGUAAAAUUUGUAUGGUCAAUUUCUGUUCUUUCAUAAAACUUGAGAUUAAAAUAAUUUUAACUGUAACCUAAUAUUGAAGUCUUUAAAAAAAGGCAGAUGUUAAUUUAAAAUCAGCACAUGCUAAUUUAGUUUGCUGUAUGAUGAUAGUCUAAUGGAAGUUUCAAAAGCUUUCUUUUGUCCUAACUCAGAAAAGAAUAUGCCAGAGUUCUGGAAUAUGUCUUUAGCCAAGAAUUUUAUCCACUUAAGUAUGUUUACAAUUUGUGUAAAGUGAAAAAACAGUGUGUAAUUAUAGUGAGCAAUGUAAUUUUGCUCCUAUUAUCUGAUAUUUUCCAAAAUGAAUAAAAGACGAAUGAAUUAAAUCAA